CAUAGUAGGAAGAUUUGUUUUCAAUACUUUUUUUAAGAAAAUUCAUUUGAGAUAAUACUAGCUUUGUCCCACCAACACUGCAUAGCACCUGUUUUUGUAAUACUCGACUUUUUCUUAGGUAAGCUCUCCACUUAAGCAUAUCAGGAAGAAGAUUAAUACUGUGAGAUGUUCGAGACGUUGUUUUGAGAUUCAUGUUUUUGAAAGCUGUAGCUCGGAUCUAGAUAAAACAGAAGUAACAUUAAAACUUAAUACUAUGAUCAAUUGAGAACAGAGAUUCUAAUAUUUCAUCAUUUAAUAGUUGCAAUGUCGAAACCCGUUGAAAUCUACUCCUUUUUUAUAUGGUGAAUCUACAUGUUCCUUUUAGUUAAAUGAAUAUGUUUCGAAAACUGAGUCAACAGCGGCUGUCGCAUUCGAUGAAAAUUCUGAUUUAAAAGUUUGUGGUCCAUGUAAAGAAUUUAAUGCGAAUAUUGAAGAUGCUAUGGAUUCUCAAUCACAUAGGAGAUGUCGUUCAACUCAAUAUUCGAUUAAAGAUAUUCCUGUUAAAAAAGGUUGUGUUUUAUGUGGUGAACUAUUUGUAAAAGAUGAUGAGAUAUUAAUAUGCAAAACAGCUCAAUGUCUAAAUACGGCUCACGUACAGUGUUUAGGAAUUGUAGACGUCAGAGCAAAAGCAUUAGAAUGUUUGUCGUAUCGAUGUAGUUUACAUCUUGUGUAG